UAGCUUGAAGUAAGUAAGAAAAUAUGAAAAUAUCUUAAGUGAAUUUAUGUUGUUUUUGUUUUCGUCAUUGGGAUGUGGUUUAUGGUCCGAAAAACGCUUAACUCAAAAUCAUGGCAUGGAUUGAAAAAAUGGACCAAAAUGAAAAUUCAAGUAAUAUUCUAGUGACGCACGAUCUACAAGAUUGUCUUGACGAAAGUUUGGAUUUUAAUUUUAACAAUGUCUAUGUGCCCAUAUCGGACAACCAAAAUACAAAAUUUUUGGAUAAUAUUAAAACCGAGAAGUCUUAUUCUUAUAUUGGAAAAAUCGAGCACAAUGACGAAAAUGUUGGUUUUGUCCAACAUACAGUUUCCCUUGAUGAAAUAUAUAUGCAGAUCAACCCGACGUCUUCAAGUAAAAUGCCAAAUGAGCCAUCUCAUGCCACCUUAACGAUAACUAGCACUAACCCCGAUACCAAAGAAACUACCGUAAAUAGAUUUCACUGUGAAUACGAAGGCUGUUACCGGACAUAUAGUACCGUUGGAAAUUUACGGACACAUAUGAAAACUCAUAAGGGUGAAUUUAGAUUUAAAUGUACAGAACCGAACUGUGGAAAGGCUUUUUUAACCUCGUAUAGUCUCAAAAUACAUAUCAGAGUUCAUACCAAAGUAAAACCGUUUGAAUGUGGCCAGGAGGGCUGCAACAAGGCAUUCAAUACUUUAUAUCGAUUAAGAGCCCAUGAAAGGUUGCAUAAUGGAAAAACUUUUAACUGCGAGUCGGAAGGCUGCUUGAAGUAUUUCACUACUUUCAGUGACCUUAAGAAGCAUAUCCGAACGCACACGAGGGAAAAACCAUAUAGAUGUGUAGAGACUGGGUGUGGCAAAGCAUUUGCGGCCAGUCACCAUCUGAAAACUCACCAAAGGAUACACACAGGGGAAAAACCGUAUGCUUGUAAGGAGAGCACAGAAUGUAACAGAGCAUUCUCCACGCCGCACAGCUUGAAAUCACAUAUCAAAACGCAUCAAAAACACGGCAAUAAAACUAUUAACCCAGAUCUAAAUAUUAAAACGGAUUCAAACUCGCAAGACAACCAGGAAGUGCAUAAUUUUGACUCGGGUUUAGUCAGUGAAAACAAUUCUGAUACACCGUUAAGUACAAACGUUGACCAAGUCGAUUUGAAACAGAGUCCUCUCUCGCAAAGUCUGGAGAUGGAGGAACUGAAACAGGUCGGAGAACCAUCCUUUGACUUUGAAGACUUCCAAAAACAUCAGGAUGCGGAAGAUACCGACAAAUUAAAACAGGUGCCCGACUUGCUAACUCCAACGGAAACAACGCUCGAUCAACUUAGUUUUGACAAUAUUUAUGGAGACUUUUCGUAUACUCCAACAGACAAUUUACUCACUCCAAACUACCUGAACCAAAGCACAACGGAAAGCAAUGUAAAUAUGCCAUUAGAAGACCAGUCCAAAGCAAAAUUUGCUGCCGUAAUAGAAGAACACUUCGAGAUGGCUAACGGGUUGAAAAACUAUGCAACCGUCAGUACUGAAAAUAUACCCAUUCAACUAUCUUACAAUAUUGGCACCGAAAAUAUAGAAAACGGCAAAGACGGGGAAACCCUCAUCAACAAUACGCAUGUAGAAUUGGAGGAGAACUCUAUUAUAACAGAAUUUGAAAAUGCUGGUAUUAAUUUGUACGACAUAAAUUUGAAUAACGAUACGGGAAAUAGUGAAAAUACUUUCAGUAUGUUUAAUUCGGUUUUUCAACCGGAUGACGGCGUCAAGGUAGAUGCUUCUAAAGUCAAAAUUAUAAGUGUCAAAAACAUACCAAACCAAAGCCCUAGUGAGAAUAAUCGGGUCAUCGACAGCUCAGUGAAUUUGAAGAAUCAGAUAUACACUCCGGAAGCUCUACAGAUGUCCCUGGCCUGUGAUGAAGAGAUGUCGUCUGCCUGGGUGGAUGUAGUAAACUAUGCAAACACCACAAGUCAAGCCAAUAUUUUCCAGGAGAACCUUAACGAGAACCCUUUGACGGCCCUACCCACGGCCAUUCAGACAUACCUCAAUUUGCCUCCCGUACAAAGCAAUGUGCCUAUAUCGAAAUCCACCGAUCUCUUAGCUAAUACCGACUUACUCGAUACCUCCACAAACCUGUUAGAUAGUGCGGGCGACAACAUCAUCAAGACAGGGAAUACCAACGCGAAUCUGAUAAAAAAUCUGACGGCGGAGGCUAAUAUAUGCGCCUGUACGGACUGCAAAUGUGACGCCAUCAACAACUGUCAAAGUUGCACCGGACCCGAGGAAAAUUACCAAAGUUGUGGUACGAACAAACAAGCUAGCACCAAAAAUUUAGCCGGCAGAGGCAAUCCCGAAAAUUUCGCACCUGCUUCCGCACAGUCUACGUGCUGCUCUUCUAAACCAAGGAAUAACUUCAUCGGUAAUCAAAACGGUUGUGCCAAAGCCGCACCUAGCCAAAAUUUCGCUUCUGCAUCAAAUUGCUCCUCCUCUAAGCCAGUGAACGGUUUCAUUACCAACCAGAGUGGUUGCGGUUGUAGUCGUAGUGGCAACGCUACGACCAGCCAGAAUUUUUCGCUCGGCUCGCAAAUGUCUCGGUGUUCCGGUGGCAAAUCUGUUCCGAAUGCAGUUUUUACGCAAAAAUCUGGCUGUUGCGGCGCUUCCAAUCAAAACGUCGACUCCGGCUCAACCUCAAGUGGUUUAGGUGUCAAUGCAACGUGUCCCGGUACUGAGACUGUAAUAAAUAUGAUCAAGUCCAGCAAUACAUCGUGUGCGGAAAAGGGUGACGAUUGCUGUGUGGUGGUGUGCUUGAAAACCAUGGACCAAUUGAGGCAAAUGCUCAACUUGACCGGAGGAGGGUGUGUACCAGGCCUUCUGGAGUGGGCCGUGCCCCCCUAGCUACGCCCAUGAAAAUACUUACCUUUCACUGUAGGCAGUGACUAUAACAAGAAUUCUUGUUAUAGUCACUGCUGUAGGUAUAUAGGUAAAUAAAUGUAUAUAGUUUAAGCAUUAUGAUUACUUAAAAUUCAAUGCCUAAUUAUAUUUUAUGUACUGAUGCAGAUUGUACUAGUCACUUUUUUGUUAAUUUUCAAAUUAUUAUUCAGAAACAGAUGUUGAUUGUUAUGUUUUA